AUGAGUCCUCACGCCGAAAUCUCGUCAAGUUCGUCUGAUGGCCCUGCGCCUGCGGUGCAAAAAGCUUUUGGGGGCUUCCUCUCCAAUGAUUUGGAAGAGAGCCUUCCCGCAUUCGAGAACCGAUCGCAUCUUCGAUAUACCCCUGAAGAGGAGCUGCACGAUCUGAUUUGCGUUGGUUUUGGACCAGCAUCGUUAGCCAUUGGUGUUGCUCUUCAUGAUGCCCUAGAUGGCACAGAUCCAUCGCUCGUGGAUGUACCAGGACUUCAGAGCAGACCACCACGCGUUGCAUUCUUAGAGAAGCAAUCUCAGUUUGCAUGGCAUGCAGGCAUGCUUCUGCCGGGUGCGAAGAUGCAGAUCACCUUCAUGAAAGACAUGGCAACUAUGAGGAACCCGCGAAGCGAGUUCACAUUCAUCAACUAUCUACACCAAAAGGACCGCCUUAUCGAGUUCGCCAACCUCAACACUUUCCUACCCGCAAGAGUAGAGUAUGAGGAUUACAUGAAGUGGUGCGCAAGUUGGUUUGAGGAGGUGGUGUCAUAUGACCAGGAGGUCAUCAGUGUUAUGCCUGAGAAAUCGGCUAGCGGCGAGAUCGCCACCUUCAGCGUUGUCUCGCGCAACAACCAGACUGGCAAAACUGAGUCGCGGAGAACUAAGCAUGUUGUCAUCGCGACUGGUGGUAGACCGAACAUCCCGAAGCCAUUCCCCACGAACCAUCCCAAGGUGGUUCACUCUUCAAAGUUCUCAUACAUUUCCAGGGAGAUUCUCACGGACUUCAAGGCGCCGUACAAGGUGGCGGUGAUUGGCAACGGCCAAAGUGCGGCUGAGAUCUUUGACUUUCUGCAUGCGAACUAUCCCAACUCACAGACGCGGUUGAUGAUCAAGGGGGGUGCUCUGCGACCAAGUGAUGACUCGCCUUUUGUCAACGAGAUCUUCAACCCAAGCCGUGUGGACUGCACAUUUAGCCGUGAACCCACGCUCCGAAGCGCGACGCUGGUCGAGGACAAGGGCACCAACUACGGCGUAGUCCGCCUGAACCUCUUGGAGCAUAUUUACGAGACACUGUACAUGCAACGGAUACGCUACGGCAACUCACCAGAAGAAGAAAGCCAGUGGCCGCACAGGAUCCUCCCCUAUCGACGCGUCGUCGAUGUGGAAGAUUCCCCCGUCCAGAAAGGUGGUAUUCGUCUAAAAGUUCGUGACCAAAGUCCGCUGUACUUCUCCGAAGUACCUGGUGCAGAGGAGCAGACCGAGAUUUUCGACGUCGAUGCCGUCUUCGUGGCCACGGGAUACUUCCGCGACCUUCACGAGACGCUCCUGAAAGACGCCCGGCACCUUAUGCCCGGCGGCGACCUCAAGGACGCGAAGUGGCAAGUUCAGAGGGAUUACAAGGUGAACUUUGAGAACAAGAAAGUUAGCGAUGAGGCGGGCGUGUGGUUACAGGGAUGCUGUGAGACAACACAUGGUUUGAGUGAUACCCUCUUGUCCAUUCUUGCAAGCCGGGGAGGAGAGGUUGUUCGAGCGGUCUUCGAGAAGCAGCCUAAAUGGGACAAUGCUGAUGUUUUGGGCGGAUUUGAGGAGCGUGUGUAA